GAAUAUUUCGCCGGGAUCUGAAUGAUUCUAAUUAGAAUACGCCCAUAUCGAGAUCACACAAAACCUCUGACCUCAGCUUUUUACUGCCAGUGUACUGUUUGAGUGAUGUUAUUGGUACAUAGAAAAUGUCGAGCUGAUGAAAUGAACUACUUUUCAACAUUUGCCCACGAUAACAUGAUAAAAUUGACAAAAGACGCAAUUAAAGCACCAAUUAGGUCACAUAAAUGCCUACUUUCCAGAUGAUCAGAGAUGUAGAAGAGAAUCAUCAUGUAGAUCUAAAUGAUUAUUACACUUGAACAUGGACAAUGGUGAUGCCUUUCUGGAUGACAUAGAUGCAACUGAUUUGUUUGGAACCCAGAAUGAUGGCAAUGGGUCAGUGUUCAACUGGGCAGAUGAGUUUCUCAAUGACGACCACGAGAUGGGUGCGAGUUCUGUUGCCACGGAAUUGGGUAACCUCUCUCGGAAUGUAAACCCAUCCACCCUCCUCACAAGCGCCCCGGUGUAUGGGGCAGGCACAAGCUUACCCUCACAGAAUGUAUCCACCUCUGUUGUUAUGGGACAUGGUAAUUUGGGGCUUACAGCAGUCCUGGGGCAGUCGGGUGUGGUCACCUCCCAGCAACAGGCCCAGGGGUUAAGUAGCCAAAUAUUACAGCCAGGAGCUCUGAUCGUGAAGACCGCCUCAGGUCAACAGAUCCAAGUGAACAGACAGACGCAGCUUCAACUUCAAGCCCAGUUACUACAGCAACAACAACAACAGCAGCAACAAAUGUCCACAGGUUUUAACCAGCCAACUAUGCUUGGUCGCUCAGUAACUCCCAACUCUGCCAGUGGUAGCAUGGGACUGACUUUUGCAGCUAACAAUGUGUCUCAGACAAUAAGUCAGUUGAAGAGCGCAAGCCCCGCACCAAACAUGAACAUCCUCCAACUCCCUGCUCAAGUCCAUAAUCAACAACAGCAGCAGCCUCAGCAACACCAGCAGUUCCAAAUUGCCCCAGGCACCAUUCUACAAAUUCCGUCCUCUCAGACACUAGGUGGUGCCUCGCAAUCAAUCAGUGGUCUUGUGCAAGGAGGAGCAUUGAUAGGGACGCCACAGCAGCAGACUAACUUAGUGAACAAUCAGAACUCAGUAAUUCAGAACCCAAACAUUGUGAAUGUAAACUUUAAUCAGCCACAGAUGCUGCUGAAUAGCCAGACGCAGCAGAGAUCAAAUCUGAACAUCACCAACAUUCAGACCCCUACCCACAGUCCCUUCAAUAUACAAGGAACACUGAUUCGGACUGCUGAAGGCAAAAGUAUUCUAAUCCCGAGCCAGAAUCUUGCUCAUCCGAUCAACAUACAGGGUUUGUCUCUGGGAACACCACUAGGUCAAACUGCCAUACAACAACCCCAGCAGACUGCCAACAUGCUCGUACAGCAACAACAACAGCAACAGGUGGACAAUAGGACCAACCAGGGUGGAUUACAGCAGUUUGUUGUGAACCACCAAGGUCAGCAGCUAGUCCUGCAGCGAGCAAACACAGGUGUGUCAGUCAGCCAGCCCCAGAAUAUUGUGGUCCGAACAGCCGCGGGUCAGUCCAGUAUUGUCCAGAUACAGCCAAAUACUCAACAGAUACAGUCAAAUGUAGGCCAGUCCCUACAUUUGGUUAAUCCGACAGGAGGCCAGACUGCAGGUGUUCCCAUGGUAAACAUAGGAGGCCAGAACAUUCCCCUCUCACAGAUCACAAGUCAGCUGUCAAACCUACAGCAGCAGCAGCAACAACAGCAGCAGCAACUGACUAUUCAGCCAUCUACAUCAAUAUACGGGCAGUUGACCUUGAACUCAACUCAGACCAGCUUGCAAGGUCACAGUCAACAAGUAUUGCUACCCAACCCUGGGAUUGCCACACAGAGUACCAAUAGUGUUGAGAAUCAGACUAAAUUGAUUCUGCAACAGAUCCAUGAGAGUUUGAAGAAAUCCCAAGCUCAGACCAAUCAGGCAGUUUCUAAUUCCCUUCAAGCAUUUUCAUUGGCUCAUAGCCAAGCUCCGCCCAAUAUGAGUGUGACAAAUAUUAAACAGGAGCCUGGGAUUCAAGGGAAUAGGGUGCUUACGCAUACAUUUGUGCCAGCCACUUCUGUAAAGACUGAGUCAAAUAUGAUAGAAAGUUUGAUAAAGCAAGAGGCUGAUGUUAAACCGACGUGCCUUAACACUGCUUCUGGUCAACAAGGGACCAAUUUUCAUCAUUUGUUGACUAACAAUGUGCAAAAUACCCAAGUGACUACAACUGUGUCCAAUUCCACAACCCAGAUGUCACUUUUUAUCAUGUCCAAUAGCUCUAAUGUGAUGAAUAACUCCAUGACUUCCAUAUCAAGUGCCUUGAAUGCAAACUCAUCCAUGACACAGACUUACAGUGCAAGUGCUGGCGGAAAUGUGAGCUCCUUGGGCCAGACAACACAAGUAGUUCAGGGAAGACAAUUAGUAGGGGGAACAACUACUCAGACCACAAUUCAGCUUCCCUCAGAGCUGCAAGAACAAUUUCAGAGAGUUCAAUUUGAAAUGCAGAAAGUUCAGGCGUCUGCAACAAUGACACCUGAGCAAAAGCAGCAGAGGUUGCAACAGUUUCAGAUGCUUCAGAAAAAGAUAUUGCUUAAAGGGCGUGUGUUAUCAACUAAAUCUGAACCUAGCCAGCUUCAACAAACUUUGACAGGGACCACACUAUCGAGCUCAACCUCUGGAGCUCCAAUUGUUUGUAGUUCUUUGCAAUCCAGUCAGUUAAUAGGGCAGCAAAGCUCUAGUCAGAAUUAUCAGGACAUAGUGCAGAAUAGCCAGAUAUCAAAUCAAGGGAUCCAAUUAGGCCAGCAAGCUUCUCUUAGUCAAAUGGUCGCAAAUCUGACGAAGCCAUCAUCUUCCAAAGGCCAUGUUGCCACCAUCUUGCCCUUACAACAGUCAGCCCUCCCAGUUAGUCUCGCACCCCAGGCCAUGUCUACUGCAGUGGUUACAGUCACCUCAGCAGCGGAGGGGACAGGGCAGACAGCUCUGCAGACAUCUACCACUGCAACAUCUGGGGGCACUCAAGUGGCAGUUCCUACACAAAUUAAGAUAGCAGACAAGAUGUUGACGUUGAGCCUAACCCCUGCUCAGAGGGAAAAGGUUCAGUCGUAUUUGGACAUGAUGACGCCAGAACAACAACAGCAGUAUCUACAGACACAACAACAUGUGCUACAGAGGAUACAGCGCCAGCAGGAGCUGAAUGCCCAGAUCCGAGCCCAAGUUGAGGCCCAGAAGAAGCUAGCAGCAGCCAACAGUCAGAGCCCGAUACCCAGCACAGUAAAUGUGGGCAGCAGUGGGAGCAGGCUGGGAACAAGUUUCUCGCAGGUCGAGACAAUGACCAGUGCACCCCAAAUCCCGACCCCUGUUGCAACCUCGAUGAUACCUGAUUUAAAGACCAUUCCUAUCCCCAGUACCCUUGUGUCGGUCAAGUCUUCUCCCUCUGCUAGUGGGGCCAUUCUAAAUCGGGGAACCAAACGAUCAUACUUGGACAUUCCUAAAGGCACACUGAUCAACCAGCAGAUUAGACAGGACCAAAAUCAUGCAGUUGCUCCAGAUGUGAAGCGACCAUUCCAUUCUUGGGAUGAUGCAUGUAGACGUCUCCUGCGUUAUCAUGUGUUCCAAUCUUAUGGACCAAGUCCGAAAGAGUUUGAAAGAUUUGAUGAGGCCAUGGAAGACAUCUCUGUGGACUUGCUGACAAAAAAAGACACGAUGAUGGAGAAAUUCCGAAUGCUGCUUCUACAAGAAACUAUACGAACGAAACCUUCAUCUGAGUUGGUCAUGCUUCAACGAAUGCAGAAUCAAGAACUGAGAAAACUCCUCGAGGAAGAAAAGAAACAGUCAAUUAUUGAUCCUGAUUCCUUUACUCCGAUGCCAAUGCGCUACUUGGUCAAGACAGAGCGCUCUGAGAGCCAUACAGAUGCUGAGGCCAGUCACAGUGGAAGCCCACCUUCCUUCACAGUAAAACAGGGACCAGUUAACGAAGAGAGCCUGAAUAUGGAUAGUAGCCAUGACAACAGUUCUUUUGAAGAGCAGGGCGAAGGAGAUAUCAAAGUGCGGAAACUUGUCAUCAAGUCUGAUGGCAUGAACUUCAGCAGUGCCUUUAAGAGACAAAGUUUGGACCAAUCUGAAAUCAGUUUUGACCAUAUUGGAGAUAAUAGUGAAAUGGAUGAUAGUUGUUUCUCACCAGCUAAGAGAAGACGGACUACUAUUGAUAGUAAUAGUGCUUAUGAGUCUGCAAGUGCUUUAGAAGAGGAAGAUGAGAAUACUAAUGACUAUUCUGGGCUUGAGGAUGAAACCAGACAAGCAGCCAUAAUGAUUUCCUCUGCGGAUGAAUCGGAAGACACACAGCAGGAAUAUAGUGAGAAUCCAUUCAGUGUUUCACGCCAGUCUAGUAUAGGGAAUUCCCAUCUUAAUGGUAGGAAUUUUGAGCUGUCAGGAGAUGCAUUUGAUUUUAAUGAGAGCUCCAAAAUAGAAAGUGUGCAUAAUAAUAGCAAGUUCUCAAGUUAUGGACCAAACUAUGGUAGUGAAUAUCAACCUGCUAAUUCACCAUUGUCCGAUGAUGCUACUGGUGAUGAUGAUGAUGAUGAUAAUGAUGAUACAUUAGGAAAUAGCGAAGACACUAUGGACAUGUAUCAACCUAUAACAGAGUCCCUUACAGAUAGCGAGGAGAAUUCUUACUAUCCAGGGGAAUCACGUCCCUCCAAACAUGCUAGCAACCUGGCUAAUAAAGAAGGCAAGUUCUCUAGCCAGCUAAGCUAUACAGGCUAUUCUCAAUCUCUCAAUCAGCAAGAUUCUGAUCAAGAUUCGGACCAAGAUGUUAAGGCUCAAAUGGAAAGUGCAAUAAACUCAAUACUUAGUCUAAGUCACACUGUUACAGAUGAUAGUGCUGUUUACCAAUUCAAUCAAUCAAAUGCUUUUCUGCAUGACAAUGACCAAUCAGAUACAUUGUUUGUUGAUCCAAACGAUUUUUCUGAAAAUUUGAAUAGCCAAAUGAAUGGCAAUGCUCAAAUGGGUGAAACUGAAUUCAGUCUGGAUUUAGAUGAUGCUGUAAACAGUAUUCUUACAUGAUCUAAUAUUCAUUAAAUUUACAUACAUAUUUAAUGAUAAAUGAAAUUCCUAAUUCAGCAGAUUUUUUUUUGUAUCUCAAUGAGUUAUAACUUUGACUUGCAUUUUUGGUGAUAAGAAAACUAAAGCCCUAUAUAUUUAAUUCAAUUUCUGAUACAUAAUUAUCAUCGUUUUCUUUAAAAAAAAAUGUUUAUUUUCUGCAUAGCAGUAUUAAACACCUAUCAAAUAAUGUUUCAUUUUAGGUUGUGAUAGAUUUUGUUUGUAUUCCAUUUUUUUUGGCAAAGUUGGUGCAUAUUUGAUCACUGUUGACUUUCGUUGCAAAAAACUAAAGUCAUGUUUGACAUAUAUUUCCUAAAACUACAGACCUUUGUUAUAUGACUAGUUUAUAAAUGUUCAAGAUAUCAUUAUGAAAUAGCUUGCCAAUGUUCCGUCAAAUAUAUUUGAAACUUAAUAUGUAUUAAUCAUGUUCCAGCGAUAUUUUUACAACGAUUUUUAAGUGUCAAAAUUGUGCCAUAAUUAUGUUUCAUAUAUAUCUUUGACUUUGUUUUUAGUGAAUUUUGGCAAAAUGAGUAAAACUUGUGUAUGAAUUUGGUUCCCUUCUCGACAUAUUUUGUAUUUUUGUACUGUUAAAUGUAUUUGUUCAUGACGAGUUUAUUCCCUUGAAAAUAAACUUACUGUGUCAUUAUUUCUUACUAAAGUUCUGCAAGGACUUGAAAUUGUUGAAUUCCCUUUUGUAAAUAAAAAAUGGAAACCUA